AUGGGGGGUGACAAGGUUGGAGUUCUGGCGGAUAAUGACGUUAUGGAUCUUGGUGCACCAACUUUGAAAAACCAGCAGAUGAAAGACCUCAAGGAACUACCAACCGCAGAUCCUACCAAUAGUAAUGAGGUGGACCAUGACCCCUCAACAUUUACGGGACAUGACGUUCCGAAAGAGGCUCCCCGAAAGGAGGUAGCCUCCGAGAAACACUAA